AUGUCUCACUUAACAGCCUUACUCAGAAAAAACUAUAUAUUAUGGAAGAGGAAUUAUUGUUGUUCAAUCUGUGAAAUCAUACUUCCAUUGUUUUUCAUUUGCCUAUUAUUAACAAUUAGGUACUAUUAAUCUUAAAAAUAGAGCACAAGUUGAAAUUGAUGAUGUACCAGAGUAGUCUUAUUUAAAAACAAAUAAGGAUUCAGAUCUUCCUCGAGUCAUAGCACCUAAUUUAAUGAAUUAUCCAAAGAAUCCUAAUUAAGACAUAGAGAAAUUGUUAGCAUCUCUACCUUAAUUAAAGUAAGUGAUAUAUUUAUGUUAGGAAUUGUAUAGAUAAUAGAGAUAAUUAAGGAGCCUCUUAUAGAAAUGGGAUGAUAGGAAUAGGCCCAUAAGAGAAUGAAGUGGCUUAAAAAUUAUCAACUUACUUUGUUGAUUAUUAUGGAUAUGGAGUUAAAUGGUUCAAAAAUAAUGAUGAAAUAGACGAUUAUGUGAGAUCAGAGGGAUACAAUAAGUUAAAAGAUUCUGAAGGACUUUGUUUAGCAAUUAUAUUUGAAAGUGAUGACUAUACAUAGAAGAAUUUUAGUUAUACUUUAAGAUUCAACACUUCAGAUUCAACUGAUUAUAUAGAGUAUCCGCUUAACAGAAAAGAUAAGAUAAAUCAAUUUAAAUAGUAAUUAUUUUUAAUAUAUUUCAGUGAGGAUUAGGAAAUAACAUAUUUAUUUUAUGAGAAUGGAUUUUUAACUAUUUAAAAUUGGAUUGACAAUUUAAUUAUUCAACAAUAUGAUCCAUCCAUAACUAUUGAGCCUACUCUAAGUCAUGUGAGAUCAAGAAAACAUAUAAAAGAUAAGUUUCCAGAUUUUGUAAAUGGAGCAUACGGAAUCUAUCUAGCAUUACCUUUGAUGAUUGUAUUUUUAAGAAUGACUCAUGGAAUUAUUUAUGAGAAAGAAAAAAAGUUAAGAGAAGGAAUGAAGAUUAUGGGGUUAAGCAAUACAUAGUUUUACUUGUCAUGGAUAAUUCAGUACGUUUUAAUAUACGGAAUUAUAUCAAUUUUAGCCAUAGCUAUUCUAAGUAAAUAGUAAAAUUAUAUUUUUAGAAAGCAUGAUAUUUGUAGAAUCUGGCUGGGGAUUUUUAUUCUUGAAUUAUUACUUAUUUUGCCUGGUUCUAAUUGUAUAAUCACUCUUUUUGUCAGUUUUUUUCUCUUAAGCUUUAACUGGACUAAUUGUAUCAAUAGUAUGGUAUUUACUAAUGUUUUAAAUGAUGAACUUGGUACCAGCUAAUUCUAUUCCAAGUCGAAGUUAAUAUUGGGGAUUUUCAUUUUCAAGUUAAGCUUCUUUAGUAUUUUCAUUUGGUGUGAUUACUCUUAUGGAAUCUUAAGGUGAUGGAUUUGAUGCUUCAAGUUUAACAACAACCAUAAAUAAUUAUAGCAUAUCAAUAGCUUGGACUUGGCAUAUGAUCAAUAUUAUUGUAUAUUUGGUUUUGGCCAUAUAUUUAGAUUAAGUAUUUCCAAAUGAAUGGGGAGUAAAGAAACAUCCAUUAUUUUUUAUUAAUUGGAUUUGGUAGAAAAAUAGAGUGGAUAGAAUAAGUCAUUCAUCAAUGACUAUAGAAAGAAUGAAUACACAUGAUGAUAAAUUUGAGGAAGUGGAAUAGGCCUUAAAAGAAUAAGAAUAGAAAAAUGAAGCACUUAUUAUAAAUGGAUUAUAUAGAACAUAUCCUAAUGGAAAACAGGCUGUAAGUAACCUCAAUUUAUCUAUGUAUUAAGGAUAGAUAUUUGCAUUAUUGGGUCAUAAUGGUGCUGGUAAAACAUCUACUAUAUCUAUGCUUACGGGAUUAUUAGAAAUUACAAAAGGAGAUGUUAUAGGUUAUGGAUUUGAUGUUAAGACUUAAUUAUAAGAACUAAGAAAAAUAAUGGGAGUGUGUCCUUAACAUGAUAUCCUUUUUGAUAAUCUAACUGUAAAAGAACAUUUAGAAUUGUUUGCUUAAUUCAAAGGAAUGAAAUCUAGUGAAGUUUCGGAUUAGAUAACUAAAAUAAUAGCUGAUGUAGAUUUGACUGAUAAAACAGAUUAUUUAAGUAAAAAUCUAUCAGGUGGAUAAAAAAGAAGAUUAUCAGUAGCUAUUGCAUUUAUUGGGAAUUCAAAAUUAGUAUAUUUAGAUGAACCUACAUCAGGAAUGGACACAAGUGCAAGAAGAUAUAUUUGGGAAAUGUUAAAGAAUUACAAAGAUAAUAGAAUCAUAGUAUUAACAACUCAUUUUAUGGAUGAAGCAGAUUUUUUAGGUGAUAGAAUAGGUAUAAUGGGUGAAGGUAAAUUAUUGUGUUCUGGAAGUAGUGUAUUUUUGAAGAAUAGAUUUGGAGUAGGAUAUAAUAUAACUUUAGUUAAAGAAAAUACAUAGAUUGAUUCUCAACCAAUUAUAGAUAAUGUAAUUAAUUAUAUAAACUCUGCUACUGUUUUAUCAAACGUUUCUGCUGAAAUAGUAAUUUAAUUACCAAUAGAUUCAGUUGUUUAAUUUCCAAAUUUAUUUGAAUAUUUAGAUAAAAAUUUAAAAAGUUUACACAUAGCAACAUAUGGAAUAAGUAUAACUACAUUAGAAGAAGUAUUUUUAAAAGUAGCAAAAAUAGGAGCUGGACAUGAAUAGGUAGAUGAUAUACAAAGUAGAGAGAAGAAAGACGAGAUAAAUUAAAAUAUAGAUUUAAAGAUUGAAAAAAUUGAAGGAUGUUUUUCAAUUUUCUUUUAACAUUUAUUUGCAUUGAUGUAAAAAAGAUUAAGAAUAUUCAGAAGGGAUACAAGAGGUUUAAUUUGUGAAAUCUUUGUACCAAUUUUAGUAGUAAUUUCUGGAUUAGCAAUAAUGACUGUAAAAUGGAUGAAAGAUGAUGAAAUAGCUAUAAUUACACCAUAGAGUAUGUAUGUUGAUUAGAAAUUGUAAUUAUUUUGGGGAGGAGAUUAAGCAGGAUUGGAUUUAAUGUAAUACUUUUCGACUUCAGAAUGGAGUGUGGAAAAGUUAUCCUCAAAUCUGGAAAAAGCAGAUUAAGAAUACUUCGAUUAAUUUGAAUUAAGAAAAAGUCCAGGAUGGUAUUUUUUUAAUUAAGUUAUUGGAUCUACAUAUUCUUAUUGGUUUUUACAAAAUUCAGUAUUUGUUCAAAGUUCUCCACUUUUAUUAAAUUAAAUGAAUUAAGCAAUUUUAAGGAGAGUUACAAACACAGCUUCAGCUAGACUUGAAUUAUCAUUUUAUCCAUUUCCACAAACUUAUAAUGAAAAAAGCAUAGAUUAAUCAGUUGCAGGAUAUUUAUCAGCUUUCAUAUUUUCAAUAGGUUUUGCAUUUAUUCCAGCUUCAAUAAUUUCAUUUAUAGUAAAAGAAAGAGAAAUUAAUAUAAAACAUUAAUAAUUAGUUUCUGGAGUUUCAGUAUUAGCUUAUUGGACAAGUAAUUGGAUAAUUGAUAUUGUAAAGCAUUUAAUACCAGCAAUUGUGAGUGCAUUAAUGAUAUUGGCAUUUGAUAUUGAUGCAUUAAUUUUAGAUGGUAAUUAUGGAGCAAUAUUUUUAUUCUUUAUUUUAUAUGGAUGGGCUAUUAUACCUUUUAGUUAUGCAUUAAGUUUCUUUUUUAAAGUACCAGGAAGUUCAUUGUUAUCUUCAUUUUUUAUUCAUCUUGUAUUUGGAUCUAUUCUUAGUAUUGUCAUUUAUAUAUUCUUUUUAAUUGAUUCUACAAAAGAUGCUGCCAAUUAUUUAGUUUGGGUAUUUAGACCAGUGCCAUCAUUUUCUUUUGCUUUAGGAUUAUUAAGAACAAGUCAAAAAUAGUUUUUUGAAUUAAUUUUUGAAAAUUCUAUUACUCCACCUAAUACUUUUGCAAUGAGGGUUGCAGGUCAAGAUUUACUUAUACUUACAAUUAGUGGAGUUGGAUACAUGUUAAUAGUAUUUAUUUUAGAAUUCUUUGAAGAUAAUGGUUCAUUAUAAAAAUUGGGAUCUAAUGAAGCAUCCAUUCCAUACAAUCCAAAAAUACUGGAUGAUGAUGUAGAAAAAGAAUAAUAACUUUGUUAAAAUUAUAGACCUAAAGAUUAAGCUAUUCUUGUUAGAAAUUUAAGAAAAGUAUUUAUGUUAGAAAAAAAAUAACAUAAAGUUGCUGUUGAUAAUAUUUCAUUUUCAGUUUCUAAUGGAGAAGUCUUUAGUUUAUUAGGUGUUAAUGGUGCUGGAAAAACAACCACAUUUAAAAUAUUAUCAGGAGAAUUAAAACCAACUUCUGGAGGUGCUUAUGUAGCUGGAUAUAGUGUUGUUGAUUAAAUUUAAGAUGCCAGAAAAAAUAUUGGAUAUUGUCCAUAAUUUGAUGCUUUAUUAGAUAAUCUAACUGUUUCAGAACAUUUAGAAUUAUUUGCAAAAAUUAAAGGAAUUUCAAAUGUACAUAUACAUGAAUUAAUUGAAAAAAAAAUGAUUGAAAUGGAUCUUAAAAGAUUUCAAUAUGUUGAGGCUGGUUAAUUAUCAGGAGGUAAUAAAAGAAAAUUAUCAGUUGCUAUUGCUAUGAUUGGUAAUCCACCUAUUGUAUUUCUUGAUGAACCUUCUACUGGUAUGGACCCAGAAGCUAGAAGAUUUAUGUGGAAUGUAAUAUCCAGAAUUUCAACUUAAAGAAAAUAAAGUUCAAUCAUUUUAACUACUCAUUCAAUGGAAGAAGCUGAAGCACUUUCUACUAAAAUUGCCAUUUAAGUUGAUGGUAACUUGAGAUGUUUUGGAUCUGUCUAACAUGUAAAGAAUAAGUAUGGCCAAGGAUACGAAGUUGAAAUUAAAUUGUAGAAACCCAAAAUUAAUCUACUUGAUUAACUUAUCAAUUAAAUGGAAUUGAGUAAAGGCAUUAAACUUAAUUAAUCAGCCACCUUAAGUUCUCUUUAAAAAAUUAAUUAAGCAUAAUUGAUCAAUUAUAUCAAACCUAAAGAAUCAGGAGCACAUCUGUAUAAUGAUUUAAAUAGACAUGGAAUCAGUGUUGAAACUUUAGCAGAAUAUGUUCUUGUCGAGUAGAAUGGAAAUCAAUUAUUAAACUUUAUUUAAUAGCAACUUGGACAGUAUGAAGUUAUCGAACACUUCUAAACAUUUUAUAGGAUUAGAUUACUUUCCAAUAUUUCUGCAGGAAAAUUAUUUUCUGCUUUUGAAAAAAAUAAAUAAUAAUUGACUAUUUCACAAUACUCCAUCAAACAAGCAUCUAUAGAGUAAAUAUUUAACAUUUUCGCCAAACAAGAUUUACAAUAAAAGGAUCACAAAUAAGAAUAGGUUUACAUAUAAGUUUAAUCAUGA